AUGGAAAAUAUUGUUGAACAAAGAGUGUGCCUUAAAUUUUGUGUUUCGAAUGAUAUUUCAUGUGGUGAAUCACUAAAAAUGUUGCGAAAUACCUACGGCGAAUGGUGUAUAUCGAAAACAAGGGCUUAUGAAUGGUAUAAGGCUUUUAAAGAAGGCCGAGAAGUAGUAGUAGACUUGCCUCGUUCUGGUAGACCUUCAACCGCUACGACCAAAGAAAACAUCGACAAAAUCAAGAAGCUAGUGCUCGAAAAUCGACGUAUGAGUCUGAGAGAGUUGGCUAGUGAGGUGAAUAUAUCUUUUAAGUCCGUCCACAACAUUCUCAUUCACAUUUUAGGCAUGAAACGCGUCGCCGCUCGACUAGUUCCAAAAGAGCUCAAUUUUGUUCAAAGAGCGCAGCGAAAGCAUGUCGCUGAAGACUUGGUUUCCCGAGCUUCUACGGAUCCGACCUUUAUGAAACGUAUAAUAACUGGCGACGAGACAUGGGUUUAUGAGUACGACAUGCAAACAAGCCAACAGUCUUCAGAAUGGCGUCUCGAAAACGAGCCGAAACCCAAAAAACCGCGGCAAAGUCGCUCCAAAAUCAAGGGAGAAACAGUGAAUAAAGAAUAUUAUUUAGGCGUCAUCAAGCGUUUGCGUGAGAGUAUCCGCCGAAAACGUCCAGAUUUGUGGCAACACAACUCAUGGAUGCUGCACCAUGAUAAUGCACCAUCACACACAGCCAUUAUAGUGAAAGAGUUUUUAGCGAAAAAUUCAACAAAAGUUCUCGACCAAGCACCGUAUUCACCUGAUAUAGCUCCGUCUGACUUUUUUUAUUUCCCAAGUUAA